CAUAUUAUACAUAUAUAUAUAUACGUGCGUGCGUGCGUGCGUAUGUACGUUUGCGUGACACGUACGGGGCGUGUACGUCGUUUUCCGGGGUGCGGUGCAUUUCUCAUAGGAACCGAAAGAUCUCUCACACGGAUCAACGAAAUCUUAAAUAUGUUUGAUGGAUCAUCCUUAAUAAGAAAACUAAGCUGCCUGGAUUGAAGUGUAAUUUUUCUUUAAGUUGCGCGCAUGCCUCCGUGCUCCUCGCUCGCUCGCCAUUUUGGAGAUAGAAUGUUAUACCUGGGAAUGGAUUGACAGAUAAUUGUGAGGGUUUGAAGGAAUUUGUAUUUUAUUUGAUUAUCUAAUAAGAGAGAAAUAGAGAGAGAAAGAGGAGACGGCACAACGUAAGGAGAAAUAGGCCUCGGCCAUUUAAUAGAUUAAAUUUGUCUACUAUGCCAGCCGUUUCAAGACCCGGUAGCCUUAAAGAUCCAGAGAUAGCUGAAUUAUUUGAGAAAAAUGAUCCGGAGAAAAUAUUUGAAGACCUUAGGGAAAUUGGACAUGGUAGCUUUGGAGCUGUCUAUUAUGCCCGAUGUCUGGUUACCAAAGAAAUUGUUGCUAUUAAGAAAAUGUCAUAUUUGGGAAAACAAACGGUUGAAAAGUGGCAGGAUAUUCUUAAAGAAAUUCGUUUUCUUAAGCAACUCAAUCACCCAAAUACCAUAGAAUAUAAGGGUUGUUACCUCAGGGACCAUACUGCCUGGUUGGUUAUGGAAUAUUGUCUUGGAUCUGCGUCAGACAUUAUAGAGGUACAUAAAAGACCUUUAAAGGAAGAUGAAAUAGCAGCAAUCUGCGAAGGUGUCUUACGUGGUUUACAUUAUCUACAUUCUCUUGGAAGAAUUCAUAGAGAUGUUAAAGCUGGUAAUAUUCUUCUUACCGAAAAUGGUACUGUCAAGUUGGCUGAUUUUGGUUCGGCUAGUAUUAAAUGUCCAGCUAAUAGUUUCGUCGGAACUCCAUAUUGGAUGGCACCAGAAGUGAUAUUAGCUAUGGACGAAGGGCAAUAUGAUGGUAAAGUUGACGUAUGGUCGUUAGGAAUUACAUGCAUCGAACUAGCUGAAAGAAAGCCUCCUUACUUUAAUAUGAAUGCUAUGAGCGCUUUGUAUCAUAUUGCACAAAAUGACACUCCUGCUUUGAACUCGCCAGAUUGGACAGAUGUUUUUCGACAUUUUGUUGAAGUUUGUCUUACAAAAAGUCCUAAUGAUAGACCAACAUCUGGUACACUCUUGUCUCAUCAGUUUGUAACAAGAACACGCUCUCCACAAGUUCUAAUAGAUUUGAUUCAAAGAACUAAAGCUGCUGUUAGAGAACUAGAUAAUUUAAAUUAUCGCAAGAUGAAAAAGAUUUUAAUGAUAGACGCGUGUGAAACUGAAAGUACAGUUGGGGAUGCAGAUGAUACUCCUGACGAACAAACUGGUGGUGAUAGUAGUAAAAGUAAUUCAAUUACCUCAGAACAUUCGAUUCAUUCAAUGGGUGUAUCAGCGAGUUCUCAAAGUUCCUCCACAAAUAGCUUACCACUGCCUAAUGCAGAUUCCAAUGAUUAUUCCACUGGUUCUGUUAGAAAUCGACAUAAAAUAACAACUGGUGGUGUCACCGCUAAUCUGUUAGAACAUGGUGCCAAUAAUUUUGCAACCAUUAGAACAACAUCGAUCGUGACUAAACAACAGAAGGAACAUAUGCAAGAAGAGAUGCAUGAACAAAUGAGUGGUUAUAAGAGGAUGAGGAGAGAACAUCAAGGAGCUUUGGUCAAACUAGAAGAACGUUGUAAAAUGGAAAUGGAAUCCCAUAAACAAUUAUUAGAUAAGGAAUACGAAACGUUAUUGCAACAAUUUAGUAAAGAAUUGGAGAAAUUACAGCUUAGGCAUCUUCAAGAAUUGGAACGUAAACUUAAACAGAACCAAAAUGCAGAGAAGAAAUUACAUAAAGAAAUUACAUGUAGACAAGAAGCGGACCGUAAAGCUCUUGAAGCUCAACAGAAACGAGAGUACAAAGCAUACAAAGAAAGAUGGAAAAAAGAACUUUCUCAGGACGAAGUAACACCAAAGCGACAAAGGGAUGCUACUCUUCAAAGUCAAAAAGAUAAUUUAAGACAAAUGGAGGCACAGGAAGAACAACGCUUAACUAGAGGACAAAGAGAAUAUCUUGAUCUUGAGAUUCGUAAAUUUAGAAGAAAAAAGUUGCUCAUCUUUCACAGUCUUGAACAAGAGCUUUUACGUGAAGAAUUGAACAAAAGGCAACAACAAUUAGAGCAAGCGCAUGCCAUGCUGUUACGGCAUCAUGAAAAGACUCAAGAAUUAGAAUACAGACAACAAAGAGCGGUACAUGCUCUUAGAGAAGAUCAAGUUCUUAGACAGCAUGCUACCGAACUUUGUAAUCAACAGGAUUAUAUGCAACGGGCUGAACGUGAUUUACGUAAGAAGCAUGCACUUGAACUGAAGCAGCAGCCAAAGAGUCUUAAACAAAAAGAAAUGCAAGUUCGCAAGCAGUUUAGGGAAACUUGUAAGAUACAGACUAGACAGUAUAAGGCAUUAAAAGCACAGAUAUUGCAAACAACUCCAAAGGAUGAACAGAAAUCAGUUAUUAAGAAAUUAAAGGAAGAACAGAGGCGAAAACUUGCACUUCUAGGUGAUCAAUAUGAGCAGAGUAUUGCUGAAAUGCUUCAGAAACAAACCAUACGAUUAGACGAAUCGCAAGAAGUCCAGUGUCAUAAUCUUAAGGAAAGAUUAAAUUACGAAUUAGAGAUUUUGAUCGCGUAUCAAUCUAAAAACAAAAUGCAAGCCGAAGCGCAGAGGAAUCGUGAACGACGUGAGUUGGAAGAUCGUGUAUCAGUGAGACGAGCUUUACUCGAACAAAAAAUGGAACUCGAAACGCAAGAAUUUCUUCGCGAGCGCAGCGAACGAAUACGUUUGUUACACGAAAGGCAAGAACGCGAAUUGCAACAAUUCGACGAGGAAAGUGCAAGAAUAGGAUUCAGUGCUCUGGCGAUAGCAGAAGCAUCAAAAGAAUCAUAUCCAGAUGAUGAAAGCCUUAGUGGCUCAAUGUUAAGUCUGGCUCACAGUAAUAGCUCUACAUCCUUCCCCCCUAAUAGUCUUUAAUUUUAAUUAUAUUAAUAGAAUAUGUAUGUAUGUGUGUGUGUCUGCCUGUAGUAAGUACAUAAUGAGUCUGCCGAUCUAUAGUUCUAUGACUUAUACAGAUAAAACAGUGGUUGGGCUCAUUGCGUGCAUUAAUUCAAACCUAAAAGAAAAGAAAAAAUAAUAAUUAAUAAGAUUUUAGGAUUGGAAAUGUGUAUUGGACUGAAGUUUAAUCUAUUUGGAUAUACUUCUUUAUUAUCGAAAUGUCAACACAGAAGCUAGCUCUUGGUUUGAAGAAAUAUUCCUUCAUAUUGAAGGAAAAUUUAAAUGCUUUUUACAGCAUUGUAAUUAUUAAUCUCAUCCUCUAUAUCAUAUUUAAAACAAACAAAAAAAUAUAAUA